AUGUGCUGCUGCUAUAUCCUUGGUAAAUGGAAUCCAUCUUGCAAGGCUGGGCCUUAGGGAGUUCUGGAAAAUCCUAGACCCUAACCUGACUUAUAUCUGACUGGCUCACUAUUGGGACCAAGUUCAUUGAACUGUCCACAUGAGGAAAACAGUGGACCUGGCUGAGGUAAACACUGAAGGUUUGAGGGACACUGAGGACCUGAAGGGGACACUGAAUCUGAGGAAACACUAAAGGGAUACUUAAGACCUGAAGGGAAACUCAGCACCUGAGAAGACACUGAGGGAAUUCUGAAGGGCAUCCUGAGGGAAACUCAAGCCGUAGGGACACUGGCUCUGAGAAAACACUGAAAGGGUACUUAAAACCUCGGAGAAUACUGAGGACCUACGAGGGGCACACAGAAAGAGCCAUCUCUCUGUGCUCCUGUGGCCGCUGUGUCCUGGCUAACUGGAAUCCCUCUGGAACCAGAUACUGGCCAUAGUGCUUCAGGCUGCACUGGUAGCUGCCUGGAGGAAGCGACUAUCACUAAUACUGACCUAACUUGGAACAUGGUGUAUUUUUGAAGGCAUUGUUGGGAAGGCCAGCAUGGGGGUAAGCUGUUCCUAGGCCAGGCGCCUGGCUGGAGCCCUACUGGGCCUGGUGUGUCAGCAAUCUCAGGAUAGCACAAGGGGGAGGAGGGUGACAAGGUUUUUCCACUGCCGACACUGAGCUCAGAGGGGAGACUGGCCAGGAACUGGGCUCCAUCCAGAUGGUCUUGGCUUGGACACAGCCUGCCAUGUCCUAUCUCCCACAUGGAAGUACAGGAAAGACUCAGACAGAACCCCAACAGAGCUUCACACGAGGAGGUGGCGGACAUGUAGGAGGACAACAGUGGCCACUUGUCUAUCCCUGUUCAGCUCGUCCUGUAUGACCAGCUUGUUCUCUGUGUAGACGUGGAUGCUGCCUCUGAGUAGCCCUGGCCUGCCAGGAAAGACCUAGGGAAGUAACUGAAGCAGGACUGGGAAGAGGCCAGUAGUCGCUCAGUCUCUGGUCAGGACUACUUUAUCUCAGGUCAUGUGACUAUCUCUCACAGUCCUUCCCUUAUGAGGCAUGGAGGUAUGGCAGUUAUUAUUGUUAUUGAGUUGUUUAUGACAGGGCCUCACUCUAGAGCCCAAGAUGGCCUUGAACUUGUGAUCCAAGUGCUCAGUAUAGGUAUGAGCCAUCACAUGAGGCAUGACAGUUUUUCAGCCACUUUGUAGAAUAGAAUGAGCACAUAAGUCGGGCUAGGGGUCAGAAGCCCAGUCUCCUGGGGCUGCAAGUGCCACAGCUACCCCCACCUCUGCCUCUCAACCCCUCUGCCCACCCCAGAAUGUGGGAGGUGUCAGCCACCAAGCUCCACAUAUACAGUGUAGCUCACUAAACCUAUCUUCUACCCCAGCCCAGAUUCUAAGAAAGACUCUCUUGGCUAGCCUGGGGGCAGGGUCACAGAAGUGUGACUGUGGAUCUGAGGACGUGGAGUCACCUGAAGGUCCCUGUGGAAACCUCAGGGCUACAGUAGCAUGCAGAGCAUGAGGCUCAGCAGAAUAGCCUCAAGGAGCGUUGGUGCCUAUGUCUAGCUAAAAGUCAGCAAUGUGCUCGGAGAUCUGCCCCUCUGCCAGAAGUCCCAGGAAGGAGUCAAUGGAUGCAGGCCGGCAGCAGUCCUGUAGGGUGAGGGCAGAGAGGCAACAACCGAUGAGCAGGGCUGGGUACCCACCACCCAAUUUGUACAGUUCAGCUUGAGCCUCUCUUGUGGCAAAAGGAAUUAUCUAAAUAGUGACUGAGUUUAAUAGGCUCCCAUCUAAAGGUGUCCUGCACAGUGGGGAGGGAAGUCUUUGAGGAACUGAUAGAGCAGAAUAUGGAACCCUACUCUGGAUGAGCCCAGACCUGAGCUCUUAUCUCUCCGGGGGACCUUGCUCCAACUGACCCAGUGUAGCCAGGCACCCACAGUGCCACCUCUCCCUGAAAUCAGUCCUUUUCGUGACUAUAAUUGGGUAACUUGACCCAGAUCUGAUUAAUUAGGGCCUAUUGUCAGAAGUGUGGCUAUGGCAUGCUGCAUACACCAAGGGAGACUGAACCCAGCUCAUGUGAGUACCACCCUGCCCCACCCACUUUGGACUCAUCUACUCUUUUGAGGGUUUUUUUUGGGGGGGUUGAGACAAGGAUUCUUUGUGUAGUCUUGGCUGUCCUGGAACCUGCUCUGUAGACCAGGCUGACCUCAAACUCACAGAGAUCCGCCUGCCUCUGCCUCCUGAGUGCUGGGAUUAAAGGUGUAUGCUGCCACCACCCACCCUCUUCCAAGUUUUGGGAGUGCGGCUGGUGAGAAAAACAGAGAGGAGAUCUACAACCUUUGACCCUCUGGGAGGCCUUCCCAUGUCCUUUAGUGGAAGCAGCUGGUCAGAAUGAGGACUUAAAAGGGAGGGCCCCAAGGCAGAUGCAGCUGCGGAGGCCAGCGAGCAGUCCUGAAGAACCAAGGUCUGCCCAGCCCACCCUUUUUGCAUACCCAUGUGGCCCUUGCUGAGCAAUGAUCUCUUCCCACCCCCCACUGAAGCCUGGCUCCAGAAAGUCUCCUCAGAUCCUGAAGCCCAAGGUUGGGGGGCCUGGGGCAGGACUGAAAAGACACCUUUGGGGUCAGGGGCUGGGAGUGGAACAGAGAGUGAUGAGGAAGUUGAGGAACAUGAGGAAGAUGCAGGCUUCCUGCUGUCCACGCUGGAGCAAGAAAACCUGGCCAAGUCUCCAGGAUACAACCAGCAGGAGUUGGAGGCCAUCAAGCUGAAGCUGUGGGCCAUGGAGCAUGCUGAGGUCCUGCCGGAGCCACCCUAUGUACAGAGAAAGGCCACAGAGGAAAAGGGGGCUGAGGUCAGACAGCUGCUGAGCCCUGAGAUCAUGGGCUGCUUCUUCCCUGAGACCCCCAAGGAAAAGGUGGAGGCUGACCACAGAUCUGUCUAUGUGGGCAACGUGGACUAUGGAGGCUCGGCUGCUGAGCUGGGGGCCUACUUCAGCCCCUGCGGGGAGAUUCACCGCGUCACCAUCCUGUGCGACAAGUACUCUGGACACCCAAAGGGCUAUGCCUAUAUAGAGUUUGCUUCCCAGAAAUCUGUCCAGGCUGCUGUGGAGCUGGAUGAGAGCACCUUCCGAGGUCGGGUCAUCAAGGUACUUCCCAAAAGGACGAACUUCCCAGGAAUCAGCUCCACAGACCGUGGAGGGCUGCGGACACGCUUGAGCAGCAGGGCCCAGCCCUUCCUACACAACAACCUUCAUCGAAGACCUCGGUUCAGAUCCCAUGGACAGAGCCGGGGCUGUGGACGGUUCUCACCAUGGUUCUCACCAUACUGAAAGAUGGCCCAGUUUUUAAGUGACCCCAGGAGCUGGGUCAGGAGAAAACAGCAGCUUCCCCACCUACUCCAAACUGGUCUUCAAGCCUGGCAGUUCACAAGGGUCUUUAAAGGUGGCCUAGACACCCAUGUCACAAUAGGAAGGCACAGGGCAGGGAGAUACAGAGGGCAGGAGUGGGAAGAGAAGUCCAGGAGAAGCUGAGAUUGGCGUACUGAAGCAUUUUUAAAGAAAAUAGACACGUGUGUUAAUAGUAAAGCAUAAAUUAUUAAACUUGACUAUUUUAAGAGCA